CGAUUGUCAUUUAUCGUCCUGUCAAUUUUUAUUUGAAAAUGGCGGACGAUGCAUCAAGCAGUAGCGGCUGUGCCGGCAAUUUAGUUGAUAAUUCAAUAAAUCAAGAUGAACUGAUAAUGAAACAACAACGGGAGAUAGAAAAAGAGAUUUCAGAGUCGAUACCGCUUGUGGGUGAUCUCGAACCACUUUCGUCAUUAGAAAAAGAAUACAAUGAGGAUCCUGUGUACCUUCUAAAAGUAAAAGACCUCUCGUCCAAAUAUAAACACAUUAGGCGAACUCGACCUGAUGGGAACUGUUUCUUCAGGGCAUUUUCAUAUGCAUAUUUAGAACAUCUAUUGACUGAUAAGGCAGAGUAUGAAAAAUUCUAUGAAAUAGCUAAGAAUUCUAAGGAAAUCCUUGUCGCCUUGGGAUUCUCUCAAUUCACAGUGGAGGACUUCUAUGAAACUUUUAUGGAAGUAGUCCAACGAGUAGGCGAGCAGGCGGGUGGCAGCCCUCCCGACACGGAGGAGAUCCGCCUGGAGCUCCACGACAAGUUCAACAAACAAGGAUACUCUGACUACAUUGUAGUGUACUUGAGACUCGUGACAUCCGGCCAGCUUCAGACGCAGCAUGACUUCUAUCAGAACUUCAUUGAAGGUCCCCGAACUGUUACAGAGUUUUGUAGACAGGAAGUGGAGCCGAUGUACAAGGAGUCUGACCAUAUUCACAUCAUUGCACUGAGCAACGCACUGAACGUCGGUGUGCGCGUUAAGUACAUGGACCGCGGCGAGGGCAGCCAAGUGAUAGCGCACGACUUCCCGGAGGGCGCGGCGCCGCUCGUGCACCUGCUAUACCGGCCCGGCCACUACGACAUCCUCUAUUAGUUUGCCGAAACAUCAUUAUAAUACACUGCAUUAUCUUA